CACAUCAGCUUCCCACUGACCAGGUCACAUCUCAGGAUGGCUUCCCUCCAUGUGUUUAUUUGUCUGCUGGGUCUGGUUGUCCUGUGUCACUCUGACUGCUUCUUCCAGGAAUUAGUGCUGAAAGAUUUGAAAAACCCUCCAAAAGGGUGUGUGGAUUUGGAUGGAAAGCAGCAUGCUUUUGGCUCUGAGUGGGUGAGAGACUGCAUGGACUGCUCCUGUACCAGUGAGGGCUUGAGCUGCUGUAGCACAUUGCCUGAUGCAAACACAGUAGACUUGCCUGAGGAGUGUGAGCUGGUCGUAAAUAAGGAGGCCUGCUCUGCCAAGGUGGUGAUGAAGUCAGACAACACAAAAGAGUGUAACCCUAUCUGAACAGACUACCAGUGACUUCUACACAUCAGGGACAACUGAAAUCCAAACUGGCAAUAGGUCUUUUUUAUGUUUCAUAUUAUGGUGUGUGAAAACAGUAAAUUACCAAUAAACAAAGACUAAUCAAACCUUGCUAGUCACCUUACUUAUCAUGUUUUAAAUUUCACUCACAAUAAACAUUUAAAUU